AUGAGAGUGCGAGCGUUGCGACUGGUACGGAGACUGAGCUCCCUGCGCGGAUCGACGCUUGCAGACUACGUCCAGCCCACCCCACACCCAGACGAUCAGAUCGUCGUCUCGAUGUCGUCGGGCGUCGAUUCCUCGGUCGCUGCGCUGAUGUAUGCCAAAGAGUACAAGAACGUCAAGGGCAUAUUUAUGGCGAACUGGUCGCCCGAUUCCAGGGGAGGCGCGUCGAGGUGCACGGUCGAGAGCGACUGGGAGGAGGUGCAGACGAUCUGCGACCAGAUCGGGAUCCCCUGUGAGCGAGUCAAUUUUGAAAAAGAAUACUGGUCAGACGUCUUUGAGCCCAUGCUGGAGAUGUAUCGCAAGGGCCUGACGCCGAAUCCGGACGUCGGGUGCAACAAGUACGUCAAGUUCGGCAAGAUGGUCGAGCAUCUGUCCAACAAGUUCCCGCAGGACAACUGGUGGCUCGUGACAGGCCACUAUGCGCGGAUCAUGAAACACAGAGCAACGGGCGAGUCGCAUCUUUUGAGAGCGUGCUAUCUGCCGAAAGACCAGUCGUACUAUCUCAGCCAGUUGCCGGAAUCCGUUUUGGGCAGGGUUUUGAUGCCUAUUGGCCAUUACACCAAGCCAGAAGUCAGAGAGCUGGCGCAGCGGUACGGGCUGACCUCCAAGGACAAGCGCGACUCGCAAGGGCUGUGUUUCGUCUCGCAGCACGGCAAAUUCAAAGACUUUCUCGACGAGUUCCUGCCGCCAAGCCCGGGCGACAUCGUCACCGCAGAUGGCCGUGUCUGGGGCAGACACAACGGGCUGUGGCACGGCACCAUUGGCCAGCGGUCUGGGAUCUCGAUGCCGCAGGGCGAUCCGGAGAUGAAAGGCGUGUGGUUUAUCUCGGGCAAGAACUACGAUAAGAACCAGCUCGUCAUCUCCAAGAAGACCGACCGCGCGGCUUUCGAGAAAGACCGCCUCAAGGUGGCCGACUGGCAAUGGAUAAACUCCUCGGUAAACUUCGAAAAUUUUGAUCCCGCAGAGCUGACCGUCCAAGUCCGGUCGCUGGAGUCGCCGCGCGCGCUGACGGCGGUGGUGGCCGGCGACGAGCCAGAGUUUCUGCUACACGAAAAAAUCGACGGCGUGGCACCCGGCCAAAACCUAGUCCUGUAUAAAAACGAGCGCGUUCUCGGCGGCGGAAUCAUCGCCGAGGCCAACUAA